AGGUCUGCAGCCAGAUUUCCUAACCCGGGCACCGCGCGCAGUAACGCUGCUUCCACUGCCCGCUCGAGGCUGAGACAUCAUUCCAGGCCUUGGGGGCUGGGGGGGGUCGGAGCGCAGUGUGGUCUGAGUCUGGGGCUCCCCAGCCGCCGAAUGCAAGACCCUCUCCACCCUCCUUUCCGUGUUGGUACCGGGACAAUUGCAGAGAUUACUGCAAUGUGUUGGGAGCCUAUGCGGAAAGUGACAGCACACGUCCUUGCAUUUCGUGCCCUUGCCCUCCAUCCCUAGCUGGGCGAGACAGGCCGCCGCGAGCCCUCCCGCAGCAGGUGCGGUGGGACUCUGCCGAAGCUGUCCCCGAGCGGCCGAGGCCCAGGCUUCCCAAGCACCAGAGUUGUUGAGACUGUUGAGUGUCUCUCUCUUCCACUUUGCUUUUAGCUUAGUGAUAAAAAAUAAAAAUAAAAACGAACCCUUUGAUGUUUUCCCUAGAUCCCGUAGCAAUAGAAAUCCAGAGUGGGGGAGGAAGGAACCCUGUAGGGGUCAAACAGUGCAUGAGCAGGUGUUCGGAGAAAGAACGGGUUUAGAUUUUUCUUGAGUGUUUCUGGCAAACAAAAGAACCAUGGCAUCAUUCAACAUUUAGUGAGUGUCGAUCUAUUCCUAAGUUUCAUUGUUUUACCUGUAGCUUCGAGAUAGCAGGAGAGGACCACUGGUCAUACUCUUAACAUGGAGUCCAAGAGCACCAGAAAAUGAGUGCAGAGUUAGUUCUAUCAUAUUGUCAGAAGCUGUUAGCAGAACUCUUUUCAGUCUAAACCUCCGGCUUUAGAUGCUGUCCUCUGCCCCGAUUCUUGGAAUCCGGACUCAAAUCCACCUCUACUCUCCACCCUCAACCCCCACCCCUUUGCUGCAAAGAAGUAUUACAGAGCAUGUCUCUGAGGAGGGUGUGUGGUGGGGGGGUGCAUACCUAUUUUGGGAGCGGUUCUGGGGCUUUGCAGAUGCUAAGCAUGUGUCCUACUGUUGCUCUACACCCACAACACCAAAUACAUUUUAAAGAGAUACAAAUAGUUAAUGAUUAGCAAAAAGAAACUAGACACCUGUAAUCUUAGCUACUCAGGAGGCAGAGAUCACGAGGAUCUCGGGUUCAAAGCCCGGGUUUUGCAAGACCCUAUCUCGAAAAAAUCCAUCAGAAAAAAGAGCUGGUGGAGUGACUCAAGGUGUAGGCCCUGAGUUCAAGUCCCAGUACUGAAAAAGAAAGAAAGAAACUAGAAGAGUUUAUAAUAUACUAUAAAUCACAAAAAGCAUUUUUUAUAUUAUGAAAUAACCAAAUUGAUUUCUGUAUUUUCCCUUAAUAGCCAUCAUAUGCAUAACAUGCUUACUUACUGCAAGUCUCAAAUUUAUUAGCAUGCAAAGUAAUAAUUUUUACAUUGGCUCAAAAAAUAUUUAUUAAGGAUAUACAAUUGCCAGGCACUAUUGAAAAAAAACCCACUAUCUUUAUUCCUAAGGCUCUUAUACUUUAAUAAAAGUGCAGAUACCUAAGACACCUAAAGAAUUGGUACUACAUGUUAUAUUUUCUGUACAGUUUUUAAUAGGUACUUUUUCAUUAAAACACACACCUUAUUGACUGUAAUUUUAAGUGUUCUCUAACAAGCACCUCAUAUAAUCAAAACUUUUAUUAUAGCUAAAUUUAAGUAUAUUGCAUUGUUUUCUUUCUUUGUCCUAGAACUCUGCCAUAUUGUUUUCUUUUCUUUUUUCCCAUGGUACUGGGUUUGAACUCAGAGCUUCAUGCUUGCUAGGCAGGUGCUCUACCACUUGAGCUAUCCCUCCAGCCCAUCAAAUGUUUCUUGAUUGUCAUGAAUAGCCAAUUAUUAAAAUUGUUAAUUCAUUUUAAAUCUGCUUGUUUUCCUAACACUGAAAGCAUAUUUUAUUGGUGUGAACUUUGUUUUUCUAAUUUUAUAGACAACUCUAAAGUAGCUAUACUUUUUCUUGCUUAUUUUAGGUUAUUUCAAAUAUUUCAUUUAUUUCCUCUGCUGAAGACAUUUGAAAAUAUUUCACAAAUGCCUUAUCAUUAUUAAAAUAAGUGUAUCUGCCCCAUAGCCUUUUCCCUCUUCUCACAGGUAACAAUCACUUCCAUAUCCUUUAUUCAAUCAGUCAACUGUUAUUUGUUAAAUAUCUGCCUUUUCUGAGAUUCUGUGGGUGACCUAACAUGGGUAAAAAAAGUAGAGGACAGUUGCCUUCCAGUUGAUUACAAUUUAAAUGAAUAAACAAUAUAUAUCUAACAUGUACAUGGCAAGACAAAUGUAGUAAAUAACCUAAAGGUGAGGCUGAUAAUAAAUGACAAAAGUUCAGUGGAAGAAAAGUCUGGUACCUUCAGCCUUCAAAAAAAAAAAAAUCUCAUUCCUUUACUAGUAUUGUUUGUAAGCUUCAUGGGAGUCUUAGUAUCAUACUUCUAGGGAAAUCUUUGCUAGACUAGACCAGAGAGUAGAACACAGGUCCUGAGGGUCAAAGUAUUUGCAUCCUGGUUUAGUCAGCACCCUAGCAACUAUUAUAAUCUAAUUCUUUAUGAUUAUGAAAGAUGGUAUUUAUUAAUUAAUCACCAAUCUCCUUGGCAUCUGUACUUAGUAUUGGGGAGCCCUCAGAGAUCGCUUAACCUAAGGACAGGUGUGCUCAGUGGCAGUGUAUAUGCCUAAAACUUCUUUGUUUCAGGCAGUUUGGAGCAUGUGAAUACACUCUGAGCCUUGAUGAGUUCCAGUAUGUGGUAUAUUAUGCAGAGCAUUCAGAGCAAAUACUCUCUCUCAGAGCGCUUAAUCCGAACAAUUGCUGCCAUCCGUUCCUUCCCACAUGAUAAUGUAGAGGACCUCAUCAGAGGGGGAGCAGAUGUGAACUGCACCCACGGCACACUGAAGCCCCUGCACUGUGCCUGUAUGGUGUCAGAUGCUGACUGUGUGGAGUUACUCCUAGAAAAAGGAGCUGAGGUGAAUGCCCUGGAUGGUUACAACCGAACAGCCCUCCACUAUGCAGCAGAGAAAGACGAGGCUUGUGUGGAGGUCCUUUUGGAGUAUGGUGCAAACCCCAAUUCACUGGAUGGCAACAGAGACACCCCACUUCACUGGGCAGCCUUUAAGAAUAAUGCUGAGUGUGUGCGGGCUCUCCUAGAGAGUGGGGCCUCUGUCAAUGCCCUGGAUUACAACAAUGAUACACCGCUCAGCUGGGCUGCCAUGAAGGGAAAUCUAGAGAGUGUCAGCAUCCUUCUUGAUUAUGGUGCCGAGGUCAGAGUCAUCAAUCUAAAAGGCCAGACACCAAUCUCCCGCCUGGUGGCUCUGCUUGUCAGGGGACUUGCAACAAAGAAAGAGGACUCCUGCUUUGAGCUCCUCCACAGAGCUGUUGGACACUUUGAGUUAAGGAAAAAUGGCACCAUGCCACGAGAAGUGGCCAAAGACCAGCAACUAUGUGAAAAACUGACUGUGCUGUGCUCAGCCCCAGGAACUCUAAAGACACUCUCCCGCUAUGCUGUGCGCCACAGCCUGGGACUCCAGUAUCUGCCUGAUGCUGUGAAGGGCCUUCCACUGCCAGCUUCUCUGAAGGAAUACCUGUUGCUUGUAGAAUAGCCUGGAAGAGAUAUUUGCACCAUCACACAGGCAACUGAGUGAGGUUUUCCCUGCAGUACUGUCUCUUUGUCAUGGAACACAGAAAGAACUUGUUCCUAUUGUGUGGUUUAUAGAUUUUUAGGCAACAUGCACAGCAGUAACCUCCACAUCACCUCCCCUCCCCAUACUAAGCAACCAAACCGAAAAAAAAAAAAAAA